GACACAUGGAAACACACAGACACACACACAGACACACUUUCUAUUAAAACAAAAGUAUGUAAGGUACAAAAAGAAAUGUUAAGAUUUGCAAUGAUCUUCAGCUUUUAUUUUGAAGAGUAACUUCCUGUUUGUAUCUGAAUGUAGUUACACCUACACUAACUUGACAGUGAACACCCUCCCUACCACAAUAAAAGUUUCCUCCCUUCUCUGUCACACUGCGGACUGUUGUGUCGGGAUGCGUUUACGGUUCGGUACCAGCACACCUGCGGCUCAUCAACGUAACCGUGUUUACUUCACAGUCACCGGAGGAAAGCUCCGGUUCUUUAAAUGCUCGUCGUGGCCGUUAAUGUUGUCAAUGGCGGAUUAACGAGUUUACCGGCCGUUUUACCGACGCUGCGGUGACUGUUUUCUCCCAUACGGAGAGAUGUAAACGACCACAACAACCACCGGGGGUUUGUUAUGCUUUUUUUCCUUUCCGGUAUUUCGUUUGUGACGGUUGGAAGCUAACGUUAGCACGCUAAAUCAGAAUGAACGGCGGUGGCAGCUCGGCCCGCAGCCGCUCCGGACGUCCUCUGACCGCGGAGUAGCUUCAGAAAAUACCCGCUUUUAAUCUUACACAUCUUUAUUUAGGGUGUUUCAUCUCCUUAUUAAAUUAUUUGUAUGUUUUUGGAUAAAAUGAGACGUUGGUGGAUUAUUCGGCCCCGGUAAUAACCUUCCAUCCGAUGCAGAUUUAAGGAUCCCGAACGGAGAGAACGUGACCGCUGAACAGCAUCAGAAAACCAUUAGUUUUUUAAUCUCAAACAGCUUUAUUUUGUGUUUUCUUGUAAAUUGCUUGUCGAUUUCGGAUCUUUUGGACUAGAGGAGACCUUUGUGGAUAAUUCGGCCCCCGGUAAUACUCUCCCGAAUGAUGGGGAUUUGAGGUACGGGCAGCAUUAGGAUCCCGAACCGAGAGAACCUGACCCCGCCGUCCACCAUAAUAAAAACAGUGUUUUUAAAUCUUAAACAGGUGUAUUUAGUAUUUUUUGGGUUCCUCGUACUGGGUCCGUAUGUUUCGGACUAGAGGAGACCUUUGUGGAUAAUUCGGCUCCAGGUGAAACCCUCCUGCACGAUGGGGACUCAGGGACCGGGCAGGAAGAGGACCCCAAACCGGGAGAAGCUGACCGCUGAGGACGAUGCUCUCAACCAGAUCGCACGAGAGGCGGAGGCGAGGCUGGCGGCGAAGCGAGCAGCGAGAGCAGAGGCCCGAGACAUCAGGAUGAAGGAGCUGGAGCGGCAACAGAAAGAGCUGUCUCACAGCCACAAGAGAUAUUAUGGUCUGGAUAAUAAGUGGGGUCACAUUGAACAGUGGAUGGAGGACAGUGAGCGGUAUUCUCGCCCCUCACGGAGACACGCUUCGAUGUCAGAUGAUGAAGAGAGGAUGUCUGUGGGGAGUCGAGGCAGCCUCAGGCCCUCUGACUAUAGUGGGUUUUUCGGCUCCGGCUCCAGAACUUCCUCCAGGGCGAGUUCAGCUCGUGCGAGCCCAGUGGUGGAGGAGAGACCGGACAGAGACUUCGCUGAUAAAGGCUCGAGGACGGCGUCGACGCUCUCGGCCGCCACGCUGGCGUCUCUGGGCGGAGCCUCCUCUCGCAGAGGAAGCUGCGACACGUCGUUCUCCGUGGAGACGGAGGCGUCCAUCAGAGACAUGAAGGACUCUCUGGCGGAGUCGGAGGAGAAGUACCGUAAAGCGAUGGUUUCUAUCGCUCAGCUGCACAACGAGAAGUCGGCUCUGAUGUAUCAGGUGGAGACUCUGAAGGAGGAGCUGGGAGACACGGAGGAGCUGCUGUGGGAGUCCCGGAGACACUGUGACGACCGCAGUAAGGAGUGUGAGCGUGAGCGUCAGGCUCACCGUGUUCUGCAGUUCCAGUUUAAAGAGAUGGAGGAAACUCUGAGACAGGCUGAAGCACUGCUCACGGAGGUGUCUGAGCUGCGGAUGAAGAGCAGCAGUUAUUGUCAGGAAGUUUCUGACCUGCAGGAAGUUCUGCAGUGGAAAGAGAAGAAGAUGGCGGCGUUGGAGAGGCAGAGAGAAAUCUCCGACAUCGUUCGGAUCGAACGUGACCGGCUCAGAGACGAAGUCGUCCGACUCCGAGACUUACUGAAGGAACACGGCGUCGUGGUCACCUCUCCUGAGGUCUCCACCAACGGGGAGACGGGGCAGGGCGAAGCCGAGGAUGAUGUCAGCGCAGAAACAGCCUCCCGAUUGGCUCAGGAAAUGUCUCCUGCUGGCAGAGAGAGCAUGCUGGGGAAAGUUCGGAAGCAACAGCCAGCAGAGGGCAGCGAACUCCCGCAGGACGACAGGAAAUACAACCGCUGUUCCCAGUCUCGUAACGCAAUAUCCACCGGCGACCAAACCAAAAUGGAAGCUUUAAAACAAGUGAAGGGGUUCGUUGAACAGGCCAGAGAACAAACAGAAAAACAACCACGUAGGAACAAGAACGCAAGGAAACUACCACGAAACAGAGGAAGUGAAAAGGAUCCAACCAAAAAGUUUGACAUCAGACGCCAAGGAAAAACUUUGUUUACAAAACAACCAAUGGAAAUUGAGCUAGGAACGUGUGAGCCGAAAUCUUCCGUCGCCCGAUUUAUUGUUGUGACUCAAGACAAUUCCUCUGAACGUCCGGAAUGUUCCUCUGAACGUCCGGAAUGUUCCUCUGAACGUCCGGAAUGUUCCUCUGAACGUCCCGAAUGUUCCUCUGAACGUCCGGAAUGUUCCUCUGAACUUCUGGAAUGUUCCUCUGGACUUCCGGAAUGUUCCUCUGGACUUCUGGAAUGUUCCUCUGGACUUCCGGAAUGUUCCUCUGAACUUCUGGAAUGUUCCUCUGGACUUCCGGAAUGUUGCUUUGAACUUCCGGAAUGUUCCUCUGAACGCCCCGAAUGUAACGACCAGACGGAUACAUCAAAGUCGUCCAUUAAAUUAGUCCCAGGUGAGAUGUGGAAGGACUGGAGUAGUUUGAAAAAUAAGAUUCGAAGCAUGCUGAAAGGGUUUGUUGAAAAACAGAGUUGUGCAGCUAAAAUCUCAAGAAAAUUCCCGGACGUCCCAGAAUCUCUCAAUCGAUGGAUUUCAGAUUUCGUAGACUUGGCUGCGGAGGAUGAAGUGCCUUUGGAGGACUUAACAGCAGGAAGUAAAAGAACAGCAGAUCCUGAAAGUGAGGCGCAGAGCGCUGCUGGACAUUCGACGAUAGUUAAAGACCGUUCGGUCUCAGAAAUGUUCGAAGUAGCAUCUCUGGAGGUACAUCCACAAACCUAUCCAAGGAAAGUUUGUGAAGACGUUCAGGAGCCUCGAGCAAGUGCUGACCAAGACGCAACAGGAAGUACCUCAGGAGGCAUUCCUAGAAUGUAUAAUUUUUCGCUGAAAGUCACUGAAUCUUCUCCAGAAGAAACGCCCGGUGCGAACUCAGUUGACAUAGAAGAUGAAAAGCAAAGUCAGAGCGAUCCAGCAGUGAUGAGCUGGUCUGAGGAAAUAGUUUUUGUUGAAUUUUACUUUGCCGAACCUGCAAAACCCAAACGUGUUCCUGUUGAAGAAGUUGUUGAGACGCAACUCAGUAGGCGUCGAACACUAUCGACAAACUCUCAAAGUUCAACGGUCAAACGGCUUUUAGAAAUGACUGCAGAUGAAAUCAAGGCGAUGGCAGUUCCAGAGCUGCUGUUGAUGAGCCUACAGGAAGGGAUAAUUGAGGAUCAAUGUAUUGUCGAGUCAAAAGGAUCGACUGCUGAGGAUCAGGAGGAGCUGUCGGUCGGAGACUUGGACAGCUGCGAGGAGGCGGCGGCAAUGCAACAACAACCAGCGGUCGAGGCUGUUGUUGGAGAUGUUUCAGAGGCGAGCAGCGUGAAAAACCUGAGUAAAAGGAGAGGAUUCGGUUUGCGCAGCAGGAAAUACGAACACAAAACUGACUGCAAGAUUUCAUAGAUUAACAAAAAACAAACUGAAAUCUGAAAAACAGCUGCAAAGAUUAUAGAUCAAUCGGUUAGUUGUCUACUAAAUUGAGUUUGAGUCAGUUUAUAAGGAAAGUCUGAUUCCAGUUUGUUAAAUGUGAAUAUGUUCUAGUUUCUUCACUCCUCUGUGACAGUAAACUAAAUACUUUUAAGUUGUCGACAAAACAACAUUUGAGG